AUGAGCUUUUGUAAUCUUCCCUCCUCCUCCUCCUCCUCCUCCUCCUCCUCCUCCUCCUCCUCCUCCUCCUCCUCCUCCUCCUCCUCCUCCUCCUCCUCCUCCUCCUCUAGUGCUUCUUCUUCUUCUUCUUCUUCUUCUUCUUCUUCUUCUUCUUCUUCUUCUUCUUCUUCUUCUUCUUCUUCUUCUUCUUCUUCUUCUUCUUCUUCUUCUUCUUCUUCUUCUUCUUCUUCUUCUUCUUCUUCUUCUUCUUCUUCUUCUUCUUCUUCUUCUUCUUCUUCUUCUUCUUCUUCUUCUUCUUCUUCUUCUUCUUCUUCUUCUUCUUCUUCUUCUUCUUCUUCUUCUUCUUCUUCUUCUUCUUCUUCUUCUUCUUCUUCUUCUUCUUCUUCUUCUUCUUCUUCUUCUUCUUCUUCUUCUUCUUCUUCUUCUUCUUCUUCUUCUUCUUCUUCUUCUUCUUCUUCUUCUUCUUCUUCUUCUUCUUCUUCUUCUUCUUCUUCUUCUUCUUCUUCUUCUUCUUCUUCUUCUUCUUCUUCUUCUUCUUCUUCUUCUUCUUCUUCUUCUUCUUCUUCUUCUUCUUCUUCUUCUUCUUCUUCUUCUUCUUCUUCUUCUUCUUCUUCUGAGGGAGAGGAGGGAGAGGAUGAGGGAGAGGAGAGGGAGAGGAUGGAAAAGCAGCACUCACUCCAUAGUAUUCAGUAUAUCACGGGGAGCCAUCAGGGGGUGUACCGGAGUCUCAUACAUCACAGCAAACUAUCGUACUCCACUCCCUCAGGGCGCAACACACUCCCAACACUGCUUUAA